CAGACAUGACCAGAGCACUGAGAGAUAUCAGGUAUUGAUGUAACUGGAGUGAAUAAGGGAACCUUCUUCCUGAGCACAGACAUUGGAGCCUGUUAUCAGCAUGAACUCAUAUGUAUUAGACAAACACUUGAAUAGUUCAUAUCCAUCCUUCACUACAGGAAGCAUCAAAAUGAUACCGCAAACUCCACUAGUCUUAGACACCAAUGACUGUUCACAAACAUUUGGGAAAUCACAGCAGAUAUUUAAAGAAGAUGGUGAAUUGGCAGGAACUGUGCAACAAUCAUUAUGUACAGAGAGUAAUUCAGUCAUCAAACAAGAGGACAGCAUUAAUGCCUUAUCUAGUGAAAUGAUUAUCCCAGAGGAUACACCACACACAUUUACUGAGUUUUCAAAACAUAUUAAAGAAGGGAAAAGUCUACAGUCUAGCCAAAUGAUUCAUACAAAGGAACAACCUUUCAAAUCUACAGAAUGUGAGAAAACCUUUAGAUGGAAGUCUAAUCUACUAGAACACUACAAAAUUCACACAGGUGAGAAGCCACAUACAUGUACUGAGUGUGGCAAAUGUUUUAAACGAAUGAAUCAUCUGAAAACUCAUACAAAGAUUCACACAGGAGAAAAGCCUUUCACAUGUACAGAGUGUGGGAAAUGUUUUAUAGAAAAGAGUCAUUUGAAAACUCAUAAGAAGAUUCACGCAGGGGAGAAGCCAUUCACAUGCACAUACUGUGGAAAAGGAUUUACAAUAAAGUGUAAUCUGAAAACUCAUGAAAGGAUUCACACAGGUGAAAAGCCUUUCACAUGUACAGAGUGUGGAAAAAGUUUUACACGAAUGGAUGGUCUGAAAACUCAUGAAAAGAUUCACACAGGAAAAAAACCUUUCACAUGUACAGAGUGUGGAAAAAGUUUUACACAAAUGCAUUGUCUGAGAACUCAUGAAAUGAUUCACACAGGAGAAAAGCCUUUCACAUGUACAAAGUGUGGAAAAAGUUUUACACGAAUGGAUUGUCUGAAAACUCAUGAAAAGAUUCACACAGGGGAAAAGCUGUUCACAUGUACAGAGUGUGGAAAAAGUUUUACACAUGUGAGUAAUCUGAAAUUUCAUGAAAGGAGUCACACAGGGGAAAAGCCUUUUACAUGUACAGAGUGUGGAAAAAGUUUUACACAUGUGAGUAAUCUGAAAUUUCAUGAAAGGAGUCACACAGGGGAAAAGCCUUUUACAUGUACAGAGUGUGGAAAAAGUUUUACACGAUUGGAUUGUCUGAAAACUCAUGAAAUGAUUCACACAGGAGAAAAAUCUUUCACAUGUACAGAGUGUGGAAAAUGUUUUACACUUAAGAGUAAUCUGAAAACUCAUGAAAGGAUUCACACAGGGGAAAAGCCGUUCACAUGUACAGAGUGUGGAAAAAGAUUUACACAUAUAAAUUGUCUGAAAACUCAUGAAAUGAUUCACACAGGGGAAAAGCCUUUCACAUGUACAGAGUGUGGAAAAAGUUUUAAACAAAUGAGUAGUCUGAAAAUUCAUGAAAGGAUUCACACAGGAGAAAAGCCUUUCACAUGUACAGAGUGUGGAAAAAGCUUUACACAAAUGAGUCAUCUAAAAUAUCAUGAAAUGAGUCACACAGGGGAAAAGCUUUUCACAUGUACAGAGUGUGGAAACAGUUUUACACAAAAGAGUGAUCUGAAAAAGCAUGAAAUGGUUCACACAGGAGAAAAGCCUUUCACAUGUACAGAGUGUGGAAAAAGUUUUAAACAAAUGAGUCAUCUGAAAAAGCAUGAAAGGAGUCACACAGGAGAAAAGCCUUUCACAUGUACAGAGUGUGGAAAAUGUUUUACACAAAUGAGUAGUCUGAAAACUCAUGAAAGGAUUCACAAGGGAAGAAACCUUUAACAUGUUUAGAAAAUAAGGUUGCUAACUUGCUACCUUUUGCACAGCCAAUUAUCUGACACUUUGCAAAUGGGCGUGGUUGAGGAUGUGGUUAGGGGUGUGGUUCACACGACCUUACAGAGACAUUCCAGGCAAAAUUGGAAUCCACGUGUAUGCAUUUCAGUUUUGAUUAGAAGCAUUUUUGUAACAUACAUGUAUUAGAAAAAAUGCUUCUAAUGAGUUAUAGUUAUUUCAAAAGUGUAUUUAAGUAUGCCCCGUGUACCAGCAUUUUAAACGCAGCACUUGCUCAGAGAGCCUAAGGUGCUUUUACCAAUGACUCAAUUUGUUCAUUGCUGACAUGAUACAAGACCCAGUGGCGCUAUGCGCAGCUGCAUUGUUUAAAAUGCUGGUGCACUGAGAGUAUCUAGCUAUGCUACACAUGCACGUGCAGAGAAAAAUAUGAUCACUAAAAUAGUGAUAGCUUUUACUAGAAACAUUUUUGCCAAUAUGUGUUUAUUGCAAAUAUGUUUCUAUCCAAAGAUGUAAUUCAUCUGUGUAUUUCAAUUUUGACCAGAGUGUCCCUUUAAUAAAAUAUAUUUUACCAUUUUUUGGUCUGUUAUUAAAGGAUUGAGUGUUUAUAAUAUUUAAUUUAAUACAGAGACAGCAAAGAUAGAUGUGAGAGAGAUAAUAGAUAUAUUCAGUUUGGUAGACAGACUGACAGGUUUGUGUGUAUAUAUACCCGUUAAGGGUCUAGCCAGAUCUGCUGAACUGGAGGGGGGAGAUAUGUCAAGGAUACCAGACAGCCAAGGCUGCCCCCACCCCACCCUACUGCUUGCUUGACUCCUUGUCACACCAGAUUUGGCCCUUUCAUGGCUAGCGGGAUCUUGUUAUCUACUGUUUUCCCAUGCUGUGCCAGGCUGCAAGAGUUGAACCCCUACCACCUCACCCCCUUCUGUUCCUCAGCAGAUUUGGGCUUCAGAGAGUAACCACGAUUUCCCAGACCUUUUGUUUUCAUUUAUUUGGUUAUUAGUAUUUUGUCAGAGAAGAGCUGGUCUCUGUUCGGAAAAACCCUCCUGGGCUGGCCUGGCUCCUAGAACUCCCGGUUGGCAGCCUUGAAAACAGACACCCGAACAGCAGGACACCCGCUGACUUUACCCCUGAUCGCUCCAGCAGCACUUUGCCCCUUAGCGCAGCUCUUUUGGGGAUUGGUAACCCCCAGGGUGGACAAGAGGGGGAAUUACCGGAGGGGAGCUCCUUUGGGGACAAUCCCACCCCCAUAACUUCAACGGACUGUAUCUCCGGUCCCCAGUAACAAAUCACGUCGCUUUUUGGACUGUGGCAUCUGGGGGCCGAGAGCUUUAAAAUGGCACCUGGUAGUGCCGCCGCUCCACUAGGAUGAUCCCGAAUCAGCCAUCAAUGGGUACUGGGAUUCUUUGAGACUCUGGCUGCUAUAGAGGUGCCAGUCUGUCUGGAGGAAUGGGAAAAUUGUGGGAUUGUCGAGUUUCUUAUCAAGAUGAGCUUUGUGUAUAAAAGGAGUGUGUGUUUUCCAAUAAAAUCAGUUCUUGUUCAACCUGAA